AGAUGCUUCGCUUCGUUUUGCUCGCUUUCCUCUUCGCUGCGGCGACGUCGCAGCAGGUGGCUCCGUGCAGGUGCGGCGCCUUCGUCACCGCCGACGCUGGGCAGCUCAUGCUGUACGAGCUUCCCCCUGUGGAAGUGCACAGCUGCGACCAGAACCAUCCUUGUCAGAACCGCUGCUUCGAGGAGUUCGAACUGCUGUCUGGAGGCGGCGACUUGGACUUCGUCACUUCCACCAACGCGACUGUUGGCGAGGUCUUGUGCGACGCGGCUGGAAUGGCCGUCGAUAGCGAAUACGUGUACGCCUACUCAGAGCUCUGCGACGGCCCCUGGGAGUGGACUGGCGACGUGACUCAGCAGCCCCUCUGCUGCACCGACGCGGCUGAGUACGUUCCCUGCUAGACGGGGACAGGAGCUCCGUAGUGAUGGUCUGCGUCUCCUCACAAAGCGUUCAUAGUAAAAUUAACAAAAUAAUAAUAAUAUUAAUAAAUAAAAUGAAUUAAAUAAAA